UGCAACCAAGGUGUGUAUUUUGCCAUCACUAAUUGUAUAAAUACGCUUUAUUUCGUAUUUAUUUGCGGCUAUAAGGAAAUCUUUGUUUUUCAUUUAAAAAUUAUUUAUAAUGAUUAUAAUGCAAAUGGAUAUGGAACCUGGGUUCCGUAAAGCAGAUGUUAACAGCAUACCCAUAAUACGCAGUGAAACAAUAGUUGCAUUUAUAUCAAAAGUGUCUGCCACAACUUCGCCACCAGAGCAGCUGGAAACAAGACAGACAAAGGACUCAGAUCUAAGGGUGGACUAUGUACAAGUACGCAGAGUGGCUGAAAUAACCGAUGUAAAGGCUUUGGUAUUCUCUGCAUCUGCCGCUUUAGCCUCAUCUGCGGAUACUCACAUACGUGUAAGCCUUAAAGUCGACACAAAAAAGGAAGAGAUUCAAGAAGCCAUGUGUUAUCAAUGUACGGAAAAAGAAUCUUGUUGCCAUAUAUUGGCAUUUAUAUUCUGGCUUCAUCGUACAAACAACACAGAAUCUCCUGUGAUCCAUGAUUUCUGGGGUCAUGAAACAGAAGCACUUAUGGAAGAAGGUCGAUCAGAGCCCAUUCGAAUUCGAGAUUUUUUUGCCUGUGAUGAAUUACGAAUAGAGGGUGACCUUGAGGCUGCUGCCAUGACGGAUCUAGAAGGUGCUGCUUUCUUAGAGCAUGUGCUGGAUGAAAUGGAAACUACAGGUCUUAGAGAUACGGCAUUAUAUCGCCAUUGUCGAGGCGUUUUGGACGAAUUUGAGCCUUUGUACAUACACCACACAUUGUUGGAUGCCUCCAAUAUUGGUGUCAAAGAUCCCACGACAUUCAUGCAACACAUGGAAGAUCAAGCAAAACAGGGUUUGUUCGACAGACUGGCAGAAAUUUCAAAGACGAAUUAUAAAAGUUCUUUGUGGCUGGAGGCUCAAUACAUGCGCUUACGCUGCUCUUUAAUACAUCGUAUAGCCUCCCGAAAGGAUUCUGUUGAAGAUGAACAGAUACUGGAGUCUUUGUUUUGUAAAGACCGCGAUUUAAAUGUGGAAGAAAAGCAACAGCUUAAGCAACAUAAACGUUUUAUACUCAAGCAAACAGAAAAAUUGGAAAAUAAAACUUAUCACGAAUGCGGUCUACUGCUUAGCGAAAGUUAUCCAUACAUAUGCGCAGCACCCGAUGGCAUAACCGAUGAUCAUAUUGUGGAAAUAAAAGCACCCAAAACAGAUGAGGAAUUCGAAAAGUAUUUAGAAGGAAGAGAAACCAUAGCCCCCAAAUAUAUGGCCCAAAUACAGAUACAAAUGUAUAUGGCUAAUGUAACAAAAGCUUUAUACUGCGUUUUAAGUCCCACUUUCGAUACGAAUGGUGCUCUGCAUUACGUUUGGGUUCAAGCUGAUAUGGAAUUUGUGGCAAGUCUAUUGGGUGCAGCAGAGGAUUUUUGGAAAGAAGUUGUGUUUCCACGUUUGGCCAAAAUUUACUUUGGAAAUUCAUAAUCGAGAGUUUUCUUAAUUUCUAACAUUUUUUCAUCCUUCAUAAUUGUGACUUUUUUAUGCAUAUUGAGUUUUUAAUUGUAUGAAAAUAAAAAAAAAAUUAUAUCCCCAUUAACA